AUGGCCAGAUCCACUCCGUCACCUUUCCUACUCUGGUCACCCCCGCCAGCCCACCCUCUGCCUUUCUCCUCCCACCUGCAUGGCCUGGGUCCUCGGGUGCAAGUGGGGCCAGGCUCUCCCUCAGCACUGUCAGUGCCCUUUGAAGGACGCCUCUCUCAGCAUCACCUCCGCACCUGCGCUCUCCCCUCUGCCCUGACUCACAUGGCCGGGAGGAAAUAUCUGAGCCCUGAAAUUGCCUUUGUCAGAGCAGAAGCCAGAGAGCUGACGUGA